AUGGAAAGGCGCUUUCAUCGUUGGAACGACGACGAUGACACCGCCGCUGUCGUCGUUCAACGAGCAGCGGCUUGCGAGACGGCAGGUGGUGGUCGGCCUGACCGACUUUUAAAGAGACCUUGGGGGGAGUUGGGCGGCAUCUUCAGUUGGACAUUGGCCUCCGUAAGACGAAGAGUCAGGGAAAAAGAGCCGCAGGGUGCAGGAGAGCACGAGCACGGCCGCCUCCUUGGAUUUCUUCUCAACGAUCCACAGGUGGGUAGAGUCACUAUUAAAUAUUUAAAUAAUUCGGUGCCGAGGAUCGACAGGAACCUUACGACAGAGGGAAAAAUCGUUAGCAGCGGGAUCGAGGAAUUUUCGGUAUCGCGGGAAGACUUGAAGCAGCUGAAGACGUUGCUGAGACAGGCCUCGAAUUCGUCACAAUCUGGAAAUGAAACGGUUACCGCUACAAGACAAGGACCAUGUCAGUGUCUCGGUGGCGUUUGCGGAUGUUGCUCGCGGAUCUUGUACGACAGGUGGAAACAGAAGGCCUGUGUGAACAUCACGUACGAUCCCGAUGAGUUUAGCUUCACCGCACACAUCUUGAUGAAUGAUAGAAUCCUUUAUACGAGGACUGUCUCUGGAAAGAAUCCUAGACCGAUGUGCGUUCCUUUUCCAAGGAUACCGUUCAUAAGAGCAUGCGUCAGAUUUUAUAAUAUAUAUUUCCAAGGCAGAAAUCUUCAUCUGUGUGUCAAUAUGGAGGGAAAAUUCGAGGAUACGACAGUGUUUAAGGUGAGUUUAGAUUGCCUUAGAUUCGGUGCAAACGGACUAGCUCUUUUAAAACCAGAAGAUGGAGGCGGUUUGGGUCAAGUAGAAGUUUUUCCCGAUGACGUUAAUGAUGAUGAAGACGAUUACGACGAUGAAAAUGAGGAAGAUGAUGAAAAUGAUGAUGAAAAUGAUGAUGAUGAUGAUGAUGAUGAUUUAUUCUAA